AUGUCAUUAAAAUUACCACAAGCACCCAACUCGGGCUUAUUCAAGAAAGGAUACUCCUCUUACUCGAAUGAAGAUGGAGCAAUUACCAGAAAUGUUGAAGCUGUUCGUGAAAUCGCGUCCAUUUUACAAACAUCAAUGGGUCCUAGUGGGAGAAACAAAAUUAUUGUCAAUAAGCUUGGUAGAAAAUUUAUAACCAAUGAUGCAGCCACUAUGAUUAAUGAGUUGGAGAUUGUUCACCCUGUAGUGAAGAUCUUGAUCAUGGCUUCAAAACAACAAGAAUUUGAAAUGGGUGAUAAUACCAAUCUUGUCAUCAUCUUGGCAGGGGAAUUUUUAAAUGUUGCUGAAAAAUUGUUGUUGUUGGGAUUGAAUGUUUCGGAAAUCAUCCAAGGUUUCAAUUUGGCCAAUAAGUUUGUUAUGGAGACAUUGGACAAGUUGGUGGUUGAUAAAGUUGAAUCAUUUGAAACUGACUUGAUCAAGGCAGUAAAACCGGUUAUUUCGGCAAAACAAUACGGUGUUGAAGACAUAAUUUCUAAGUUGGUGGUUAAAGCAGUACAAUCAGUAGUCAAUCCUAAAAAUCCGGCUAAUUUCAAUGUCGAUGGGAUUAGAGUUGUCAAAAUAAUGGGUUCAACGUUAUCGCAGUCGGAAGUCGUUAAAGGUAUGGUUUUCCCAAGAGAACCAGAGGGAUCAGUUAAAAACAUCAAGGAGUCCAAAGUCGUUGUCUUCACUUGUCCAAUUGAUAUAUCAACUACUGAGACUAAAGGAACGGUGUUGUUGCAUAAUGCUCAAGAAAUGCUUGAUUUCACUAAAGGUGAAGAACAGCAAUUGGAUCAAAUGUGUAAAGAGAUUAAUGAUUCCGGUGUCAAAGUUGUUGUUGCUGGAUCGAAUGUCGGUGAAUUGGCUUUACAUUAUUUAAACAAAUAUGGUAUUUUGGUUUUACGUGUUCCAUCGAAAUUUGAUUUAAGAAGAAUUUGUCAAGUAUGUGGAGCUACUCCAUUACCAAGAUUAGGUGCACCAACACCCGAUGAAAUGGGUGAGAUUGAUGUUAUUGAGACAAAGGAAAUUGGUGGUGAUAGAGUAACCAUUUUCAGACAAGAUGAAUCGAGUUCAAGAACAGCCACUAUUGUUGUAAGAGGCGCUACGCAAAACAGUUUAGACGAUGUUGAAAGAGCCAUUGAUGAUGGUGUAAGCUCGAUUAAAGGUUUGCUUAAAGAUAACAGGCUAUUGCCUGGUGCCGGUGCCGUUGAAAUUGAAUUAUCAAAACGCAUUACUCAAUAUGGUGAAACUACUCCCGGGUUAAACCAAUUGGCUAUAAAGUCAUUUGCUAAAGCUUUUGAAGUUAUACCUCGAAUUCUUGCCGAAACUUCUGGGUUUGAUUCAACUGAAGUGAUUAGUAAAUUAUAUGCUGCCCAUGCUGAUGAUAACAAAGAUGGAUUAAAACUAGGAUUGGAUAUUGAUUCUGGUGAAGUUGAAGCUACUGGAGUCUUGGAUGCAUUGGCUACCAAGAAGUCAGCAAUUGAUUUGGCAGUUGAGGCCACAAAUACAAUCUUGUCGAUUGAUCAAAUAAUCAUGGCUAAGAGAGCUGGUGGUCCAGUUAUGCCACAACAACCAAGGCCCGGUAAUUGGGAUCAGGAUGAUUGA